GACGCCCGCGGUGGCGGAGGGGCUCGGCUUGUCAGAGUGCCCAGAAAAUAAAAGUAUAUUUUAGAAAGUGAGAAUCAGAAGAAGUAGCUGCUGACAUAAAGGGAAGUGUAUUAAGGAUCAUUUCCUAGGGGAAAUUUUUUAAGAUGUGGUGAAGAGCCUGUAUUUUCCCCUGUGUGGUAUAUAGUGCCUUAAAAAAUGGGGUUUGGAGGUGACCUGAAGUAUUCUCAUGAUGCUUUAUUAAAACUGCAAGACUGGGAACUACGACUGCUGGAAACGGUGAAGAAAUUUAUGGUAAUGCGAGUAAAAAGUGAUAAGGAGUAUGCGUCUACUUUACAGAAUCUUUGUAAUCAAGUAGAUAAAGAGAGCACUUGUCAAUUGGAUUAUAUCAGCAACGUGUCCAAGUCUUGGUUGCUUGUGGUACAGCAAACAGAACAGCUGAGCAAAAUAAUGAAGACACAUGCAGAGGAUCUUAAUUCUGGGCCUUUGCAUAGGCUUACAAUGAUGAUCAAAGAUAAGCAGCAAGUUAAGAAGAGUUACGUAGGUGUUCAUCAACAAAUUGAAGCAGAGAUGUACAAGGUCACAAAGACAGAACUAGAGAAACUAAAAUCUAGCUAUAGACAACUAAUAAAAGAAGUAAAUUCUGCCAAAGAAAAGUAUAAAGAAGCUGUGGCUAAAGGAAAGGAGACUGAGAAAGCCAAAGAUCGGUGUGAUAAAGCCACUAUGAAGCUUCAUAUGUUGCAUAAUCAGUAUGUGUUGGCACUGAAAGGAGCACAGUUACAUCAGCACCAAUAUUAUGAUACUACACUUCCUCUGUUACUUGAUUCACUACAGAAAAUGCAAGAAGAAAUGAUUAAAGCCCUAAAAGGAAUCUUGGAUGAGUAUAGCCAGAUCACCAGUCUUGUAACAGAAGAGAUUGUGAAUGUCCAUAAAGAGAUCCAGACCUCAGUUGAACAGAUAGACCCUAACUCUGAGUAUAAUGACUUCAUAGAUACUCACAGGUCAUCAGAAGUUGUUGAACAAGAAAUAGAGUUUGAUACGUCUUUACUAGAAGAAAAUGAAAACCUUCAAGCUAAUGAGAUCAUGUGGAAUAAUCUAACAGCAGAAAGUUUACAAGUCACGUUAAAAACAGUAAUAGAAGAACUGAUUCAGACACAGCAAACCCUUUUGAGCAAAGAGGAACUUGUGUUGGAACUGGAGAAAAAAAUAGAAGAGUCAUCUAAGACUUGUGAAAAGAAGUCUGAUAUUGUCCUCUUGCUGAGCCAAAAGCAAGCGCUGGAAGAACUUAAACAAACAGUUCAGCAAUUGAGGUGCUCUGAGGCAAAAUUUGCAGCCCAGAAAGAACUCCUGGAACAAAAGGUUCAAGAGAAUGAUGGGAAAGAGCCACCACCUGUAGUGAAUUACGAAGAAGAUGCCAGAUCAGUGACUUCUAUGGACAAGAAGGACAAAGUCUCAAGAUUUGACACUAUACGUCAUUCCAUCGCUGGAAUUAUAAGGUCUCCAAAAUCCAUGUUGGGCUCAUCGUCGUUCUUUGAUGUAAUUUCAACCACUGAGAAACCAUUGGCUGAGCAAGACUGGUAUCAUGGUGCAAUUCCAAGAAUAGAAGCCCAGGAGUUGUUAAAACAGCAAGGAGACUUCUUGGUGCGAGAGAGCCACGGGAAACCUGGUGAAUAUGUCCUUUCUGUGUUUUCAGAUGGACAACGGAGACACUUUAUCAUACAAUAUGCUGAUAAUCAGUAUCGUUUUGAAGGAACUGGGUUUCCAACUAUUCCUCAGCUCAUAGAACAUCAUUACACAACAAAGCAAGUUAUUACAAAGAAAUCAGGUGUUGUUCUGCUGAAUCCUGUUGUGAAGGAUAAGAAAUGGAUUCUUAAUCAUGAAGAUGUCACACUGGGAGAAUUACUGGGCAAAGGUAAUUUUGGUGAGGUGUAUAAGGGAACAUUAAAGGAUAAAACUCCUGUUGCUGUAAAAACUUGUAAAGAAGAUCUUCCUCAGGAACUGAAAAUAAAAUUCCUGUCAGAAGCCAGAAUACUCAAACAGUAUGAUCAUCCUAAUAUUGUAAAACUUAUAGGAGUUUGCACGCAACGACAACCUAUUUAUAUUGUUAUGGAACUUGUUCCAGGAGGUGAUUUCCUGUCCUUUUUAAGAAAAAAGAAGGAUGAGCUAAAAACGAAACAGUUGGUAAAAUUUUCAUUAGAUGCUGCUUCUGGUAUGGCAUAUCUUGAGUCUAAAAACUGUAUACAUAGAGACCUGGCUGCAAGGAACUGCUUGGUAGGUGAAAGCAACAUUUUGAAAAUAAGCGAUUUUGGAAUGUCCCGGCAAGAGGAUGAUGGCGUGUACUCAUCAUCGGGCCUAAAGCAGAUUCCUAUCAAGUGGACUGCUCCAGAAGCUCUCAACUAUGGGAGAUACACAUCUGAGAGUGAUGUCUGGAGCUUUGGAAUCCUUUUGUGGGAGACCUUCAGUUUAGGAGUAUGUCCGUACCCUGGAAUGACCAACCAACAAGCACGAGAACAAGUCGAGAAAGGCUACCGAAUGUCAGCACCGCAAAAAUGUCCAGAAGAAAUAUAUAAAAUAAUGCAGAGGUGCUGGGACUACAAACCAGAAAACCGGCCAAAAUUCAGUGAGAUUCAGAAAGAGCUGUCUUCAAUCAAAAAGAAAGUGACAUAGUGAUAAACAAGUGCCAAACUCAAUGUGUGGGACUUCAUUUUCCAGUGAAGUAUUUUUUUCCCCUCAAACACUACGCGUUUAUACAACAUUAUUUGCAAUAUUCUUCUAGGAUUACUUUGAAAUUAAUUGGUUUUUUUUAUAUACAUGUGUACCAUCUUGAAUGAUGCCUACACCUGCAUUAAAGACAUAUACUGCGAAAUGCUAUAUAUCCAGUCACAGUAAUAUUGUCAUUUAGGUUACAUGUAAAUAGAAAAGCACAUACUAUAGAUUUAAGGGACUGUGGCUUUUAUCUGUUUCACAGCAAGUAACUGCUAGUGACAUUUUUCAGAGGUUUUCAACUUUAAGCUGUGUUCUCACUCGGCUAUCCCUGUCCCGAAUGUCAACACCAGCAGCACUCUAAUGUGGUGAC